AUGAAUUCCUCAGUGUACUACAUUCAAAUUCAACAAACAGAGCUAGUCUAUGAUAGCACCACAAAGAAACCUUCUCAUGUGUUGUAUCAUUUAGAAUGUUGCAUGAACACGUUCCAUACACAGACCAUCUCCAAGCGAUAUUCAGAAUUAUUCAGUUUUCAUCAACAACUUGUCAAGGAAGCUUUGCAUAGUGGUGUUGAACUCGUAAAGUUGUUGCACUUUCCUCCCAAAAUGUUCAUUGGCAAUUUUAAAGAAGAGAACAUUGAAAAGAGAAGAAUGCUUCUUCAAAGGUAUUUCAAUCAAUUGUGUUCAUUAUUCACAAUCGAAGGACCAAAACCUUCCUUUCAGUGUCUUUCUUCUAAAUUUUUACCAUUCCUUUCUCAAUUCUUCUUCCCUUCAACACAUUGUUCACGCCACGAAAUACUUCAAAUGCCAAACACAUCCAAUGAACGUAUAAAUAAUUCACUUCGAAAGAACGACGUGUAUCACGUCAACAUGAACUCUCAAGAAAUCAUUCAAACCUUUCAACCAUCAUCCAUCGAAAGUACCAUGCUCAGCCUGUCAGCAGUCACUGGUGGUUUUUAUGCCUUGUUACUAAAAUCCAUGAAAGAAUUAUAUCCUCAAUCGGAUCUCAACAAAAUUUCACAACAAUGUUUUAAACAUAUUGGAGUGUUAAAAGCUCGAGAAUAUUUAUCGAAAAGAACACUCGAGAUGGAAUUGUAUCAAGACACAAGAGGGGUGGUGUUGGUUUUGAUUAUGGCAAUUUUCAAUGCAAGUCCUGAAUAUGUGUUUCAAGUUGAGGAAUUUUCACCUCCAUGCUCUGUAAUAACCUUAAAAGGAAAAGAUCGAUAUUUGAGAGCUUGUCAUGCCAACGGAAUUGCUGAAUGUAUAGAGUUUCCAACGUUAACUCAAUUCUUGGAAGGUGCUGCUGAGGAGUUAAACCUCUCUUCAAAAUGUCAUGUUCAAGCCAUUCGUUUGAAGAAUAAGGAGCAAGUGCAGUUGAAUGACGAAUUACAUGUGAGAUAUGUCAUUUCUCUUAUCGAUUAA